AUGAAAGUCUUACGUUUCUCAUAUAUUAAGAAUUGCGCUACCAAGGCCAAAAAUUGGUUUGCCGUGACAGCUCGCCGAUUCCACGCCUCUCGCCAAACCCGGAACCCUUCCUUCUCAAGCUGCCAUCCUCCAGUCUCAGUUCCGUCCUCUGAUGUUCAGAUUUUGCCUCCUACGUUGCCUCGUAGCUCAACUCCCCCCAACUCCACGAGUACUAACGACAUCAUCGAGCAGGUUACUCCCCACCUUUACGGCACCAUCAACUGUUAUACUAUGUUGUCAAUCCCUUACACCUCAACUCCCACAGCUCCCACCACCCCCAUGAGCAUCGACACCACCAGCCCCAUGAGUAUUGACACCACCUCACUCCUCACUCCUCAGUUUUGCGAUCCCACCACCCAUUACACUAUAGCCUCAACUUCACACAGAUCUAUUCCACGCUUUGCUUCUAGGUCACCCAUGACACCAUUCACUCGCACAAGCAUCCCAAGUGAUGAGAGUUCCCAAACUUCAAUGGUCUCAACACGUGCCAAUCCCGCAGGACAAAACAUAUUUCAGCAAAUCGUGUCUAUACAUCGUCUAUCCCCUAGUCCCAGCUUUUCUCGGCAGCCCAGUCUUGUCAUUGACGCGUCCCCCCCAGAUUGUUUAACCCAGCUUGCCCCGCGAACGCCUCGACCUUAUGCCUACAUCUCUCCACAAGACUCUUUUGUUCCACUGUCCCCGCCAGCCUAUCACACACCUCUCAAAAGGUCUUUCUCUUACUCUGUGGAUGAUGAUUUGAAUGCUCCUCGGACUUACAAGCGCAAUAAGUUGAACAACAAACAAUCUUUCUCUUUACCCAUGAGUCAUGAGUGCAACAGUGAAGAUUACGAGGACGAUUACUUGAAUGCUCCUCAGACUUACAAGCGCAAUAAGUUGGACAACAAACGAUCUUUCUCCUUACCUAUGAGUCACGAGUCCAACAGUGAAGAUUCCGACAGCUUGGCUCCUCUACCGGCUCGUCUCCCACUCUUUAGGAAACGUCCCUUCUCUGCUUUGAUGAAUGAUGAUCAGCCUGAACUCCCAAUCCCUAAUAUUGAAUGUCUCGUUUUAUUACUACAAGCAUACAAGCGCUACAAGAUGAGCUCUAGAGUUCGGCUUUAUAUGGCGGAUGCGUUUCCCGCUCCUUCCUCCUCCCGGUAUCAGCAUGGUUGGUGUCUUGACCAAAACAAAGCACCAGUAUUUUGGGCUUCUUGUCCAACAGCCGAGAUGAGUAGCGUGCCUCAUUAA